UUAACCACAUCCACACUCUACAUCACCUUUCCACGUUACCCCCCUCUCUCUGUACACCCCCCUCUCUCUGUACAUUAAAAAGAAACGAAAAAGAAAACAAAGAAAAGGGCACAGGCUACCUCCUCAAAAAAACACCUCACAUUCUUUAACGACUCUCACCCUCUCAAAAGACACUCCCUGCUAAGUUCCUUCCCACUUUCAACUCAACCCCCAAAAUCUGCUUCUCAUCCCCACCAUCGCUACCACUUACCGCCGCGUUUAAGCGUCAUACCACACUCGCCGAUCCGUCGCUGCAAACGAAUCCUCAACUACCAGGCGAUCCACUCACCAUCACCGUUCCAUCACCGAAGGAACACCACAAACCCGUCCACAUCCGCCGUCCACCGCCACAAAAACCUCACUGCAGAAUGGCCAGAUUCCUCCACUACGUCGCCGCACUAAAUCCACCUCUCGCUAACCCUCAAGUUUCCGACAGUUUUCUUCAACUCCACCUAUAACAACCAAUAACCUUCCGCCGACACCUCCGGUAAUGCCACUCCCCAGCCGCCGUGACGUUGAACUUUUCCCAAUCUUCACAUAGCCUCAAUACUGCUCAUCGCCAACACAAUAACGAUUAGUGAUUUGUUUUGUCUACGAGUCUAUUCAGAUCUUAUUCGAUUUCGGAACCACUGUAAAACAACAGGCUACCAGGAGGCAUCAAAGGAAAAUUUUGAAUCCCUUCAGCAGUAAUUACGGUAGCCGGCUCGUUGUCGGUAACCCUUUCAUUUUGAGUGUAAGCUUUAAUUUAUUGAACUGCACUAAUCUGAUAUUGCAUCGUGUAUUAGAUAAUCUCUGCGUUGAUAAUCAUACCUUUGUUGUGUUUAUUACUUACUCUGUGGAAAUACCAUGAUAAUAAUCUUUGAUUUUGCAUUGUUGUGUACAGUGUGAGAUUGAGUUUUAAGAUUCAGGACAUUUCAUUUAUGGAGUAUAUAAGGAAAGUUGCAUCAAUUCUGGAAUAAUACAAACAGUUUGGUAUUGGUUUGUCGUGUUUCGAUCACGUAUGAAUCGGGAGGUAUUAUCAACAUUGUUGGACUGAAAUUUAAGGGAGCUGUUUGGAUAUAAACCGUUAUAGGACCAAAGUGUCGAUACGUAUGUUUUAAUAUUGCAUUUGCCGGUUAUGGAUCGGGAUCCAAAUGCAUUUUAUUUGUGUUUAGUUUAAAGGCUGCAUUUUUUUUACACUGAUGCGUUCAUGAAUACAUGCAUAUGAGGUUGCCGGUGUUUAUCAGUGUUUGGUUUAAUUUUUUUUUACACAGUAUAUUGUUAUUAACUCAUGAGCAUUGUGGGAAGUGAGUUGCCUCUUAGUCAAGUGUGGCGGAUUCAUUUUCUUUCAUUUAAACAUUGAUAUCAUUAGUGUUAAUUGUCACUUUAUUUCUAUUAAUUAUCCUAGCAUUGCUUGUUCUAAUUGAUAUGGAUUUGUUCACAGUAGUAUAUAUUCAUCUUGUCCACUGCAUGUUUGGUUUUGACUAUCAAAAGUUAAAUUAUAUUAUUAAUUGCUUGCUGAAUUUUUAUAGUGUAUAUAGAUACAUGUUUGGUUUUGACUAUCAAAAGUUAAAUUAUAUUAUUAAUUGCUUGCUGAAUUUUUAAAGUGUAUAUAGAUACAUGUUUGGUUUUGACUAUCAAAAGUUAAAUUAUAUUAUUAAUUGCUUGCUGAAUUUUUAUAGUGUAUAUAGAUACAUGUUUGGUUUUGACUAUCAAAAGUUAAAUUAUAUUAUUAAUUGCUUGCUGAAUUUUUAUAGUGUAUAUAGAUUUCGCUUUGGUUGUUAAUCUUCGGUAAAAUAUUGCGCAUAGCAUUGAGUGGGUUCUAUUUGAUUUCAAUUCCAUUAUGAUAAAAGGUGGAAUUUUGACUCAAGGAUCAGAUAAUUUCGAUUGUUGUUUUGAACACAUUAUAUUUAAUUUGUUUUAGUCCCUUUUGAACCAAAUUUGUUCUAAUUGAAUCUUUUUUUUCGUUAAUACAAAUUGGUUUAAAUUACUUGAUCGUGAUAAUUGAUUACCUUGGGAAUUUUAUUUACUCAAAUCAUUUUGAUGAUAAAUUUUGAUUAAAUCAAUUAAGUAGCUUAUUUAAAUUCUAAUCAAAUAACUUUGGUAAUCAAAUAUGGGCCAGAUAAUUUCAUCAUGAUGUUAAUCCUUUCAAACCAAUCCAAUUUCAAUAGCAUCAUCAAAUCAUUAAAUCAUUUAAAACACAGUUCUUGAUUCCAAGUCAAACCCAUUUCCAUACCUUUGUAAGUUGAUCGCUUUUAAGCAUCGCCAUCAACCUCACAUAGCUUACUCUUGGGCUUUCUUACAAUGAGACCUAUUCGGUUAUUAAUUGAUCGAGUAGAAGAACAAUACACUAAAAUGAAAUACAAUUUAUUCACAAACACCAAUUCAAACCUCGAUCUAAUAUCGAGCAUUUUUUUCAAACUCACUUAAAAUACUCAAUCACAAUCAAAUACCAUUUCAUUUGAAAAUGAAAAGGGAGAUGGCUUUGAGUUUUCAAUUCCUCUCCUCGAUUAUUUGAAUAUGAGUUCUCUUACUCGGUUAGUCAAAUGGUCGUCAUUUCUAAUCCAUUUAAGCACAAACAAAUCAAAUCCUUUUAUAAUAAGAAACGAAAAGGGAGAUAACUUUGAGUCUUCAAUUUUUCUCCUCGACUAUUUGAAUACAAGUUCUCUUACUUGGUUAGUCAAAUAAUUGUCGUUCCUUUACAAACUUCUAAACUAGAACUAAUCAAACUAUUUCAUAAUAACGAAAUGAAAAAGGAGAUGACUUUGAGUCUUCAACUUCUCUCCUCAAUUGUUUGGAUACGAGUUCUCUUACUCGGCCAGUCGAACAAUUGUCAUUUUUCACCAACUUAUACCGUAAGUCAAAUAAUUGUCGUUCCUCUACAAACUUCCAAACCCCGAUUAAAUCAAAACAUUUUCAUAAUAAAAAAAUAAAAAGGGAGAGGACUUUGAGUUUUCAACUUCACUCCUCAAUUGGACGAAUACGAGUUCUCUUACUCGGUCAGUUGAACAAUUGACAGUUUUCUGCAAAUACAACUUAAUCAGAUCGCUUUCUUAACUAUACAAAAAGGGAGAUGGUUUUGAGCUUUCAACUCCUCUUCUCAAAUGCUUGGAUAUGAGUUGUCUUACUCAGUCAUUCAAGUACUUGUCAUUUAUUCUAAAAAUAUAUCAACUAUACACAACCUUAUUUUCAUAAUUACCCAGAUGAAAAAAGAAAGUGGUCUAGAGUCUUCUAUUCCCUUUCCCGACUAUUAGGAUACGAGUUGUCUUACUCGAUUAUCCGAGUGUUUGUCAUCCAUUCAAAGCACCUUAAUUAUUAUCAAAUCCUUUCUAUAAUUAUGGAUGAAAAAGAGAGUGGUCUAGAGUCUUCUAUUCCCUUUCCCGACUAUUAGGAUACGAGUUGUCUUACUCGACUAUCCGAGUAAUUGUCAUCCAACCAAAAUACCUUAACACAUCAAACAUAUCAUUUCUCGCCCUCGUGCGAUCGAAACCAGUCAAACAAAACAUCCAACAUAUUAAUCCAACUUGUCACCCUCGUGUGAUCAAAACUCUUUUCAGAAAGAACACUGUUUAAUCCUUUCUAAUACGCACAACAAACUAGUGCUUAAGCCUCGGCCGAGAGUAGACAAGCCAACACUUAGCCUUUAGAUUGCGAUCUAAACAGUUGUUCAUUAAAAAACACCGACAAACCGUAGUUCCCCGAACUACGAAUGCUCUGAUUUCCUUAUUAUACCAUAAGGAUACGUAGGCAGGAGAUUGAUGUAUCUUCGCGAGCACACUAAUAAAAAACCUCCCUUUUCACCUUUCUGAGGUUCUCAUCCAUUUCUAUUUUUAAAUAAUUUUAUAACCUAAAGAUAACAAACAAACAUAAAUUAACACUCGAAACACACAUUAGAACUAAAAGGUUCCCGUUGAGUACAACGGACGUAAGGGGUGCUAAUAUCUUCCCCUUACGUAAUCCACUCCUGAACCCGAAUAUGGUUGCGACGACCAUUAUUCCAUUUUUAAAAAGGUUUUAUCUAUAUUUUCCUAUUCCUUCAUUGGGAUAAAUAAAGUUCGGUGGCGACUCUGUUCGAACAUAAAUUUUUCCGCGACCAUCGCGAGGAAUCGUAUUUUUCGAGAUGCGACACCUAUGUGCUAGACCUAGGGCAACUUAUAACACCUCAAAAAUUGCCCUCCUCUCUUGGGACUAGCUUAGCAUAUUGCAUCUCAUUUUUAGGACAUUAGGCAUUACAUCUUUGCAUAUCAUGUGAAAUGAGCAAGUCAUCCUCCUAGGUCUUUCUCAGAAGAUAGAGAGGUUGAGAGAUUCAAGCCUGAGGGUCUUGUAAAUUGAUCACUGAUCAUCUGAGGUUGUGCUUCAAUUAUGGUUUUUGGUUUCUCAAGGAGAUUGGGCAUUAUCUUGGUUGAAAUGGUACACCAUCAUCAUCUUGAUUCAUUAUUCCUGAUCAUGUUCCUUGGGAUUAGGGUUUUGACCUCUGGUCAACCCUAAUCAGUUGCAUUAUACCAAGCAGGGUUCUGCAAGGAGAUGAGGUUUUUAUUGAGGUGGAGAUCAUCAUAUGAUUUUAUUGAGCUUGUAUAAGCUAGGGUUUCAUUUUGGGAGUUAUUUCAUCAAGUGGUUGAGGCUCAAAAUCAUCUGUGCAUGUUCAAGUCAUCUGUCAACCAUAAAAGUCAACUGCAAGUCAACUGUUGGAUUUGGAGGUGGGAAGUGGCUAGAAAUACCUCAUUCAUGUUCAAACAAGUCUCAUUUGACAUUUCAAACAUCAACUUUGAAGAAUUUAAAGUCAGGACAAAACUUUCCAAAAAUAGAAAGUGACCUAUAAUUUGAAUUUGCCAAAAAUGGAAAGGUUUUCAACUCAAGAUUACAUCAUCAAGAAAGCUUCAAAUGAAAUUUUGUUGAACAUGAAAGUUGUAGACCUUUCUCUCCCAUUUCCAAAAAGUCCAAGAUCAUCAAUUUCUCAUGUGUGGUUAAGGAGAUAUGAUCAAAACUUGACCAAGUGUACUUGAAGAUUCAAAUGAGCAUAACUUCUCAACCAAAACUCCAAAUUGGAUGGCUCUUUUUGCAUUGCUCUUAUUUUGAUCUCUAGUUUCCAAAUCUUGCAUUACAUGACAUGCAUUAUCAUCACAUGAAUAUUUGGAAAUUCCUUUGAUUUUUGGAGGGAAAAUAUGGAAUUUAAAAUUUGUGCAUUAUUUGAACAUUCCACCAUUGCCAUUGGCUCCAAAAUGAAAUUUGAAGUGAAUUUAAGGACAAACCCAUGCACUGUUCACCAUGCAUUUUCAUGCAUAGGGUGAAAAUCCCAAUUUGCAUUUACACCUCAUAUUUGUUAAUUCCAUUUGCAUUGGCUUAAACUUGAUUAAGGCAUGAUUAACAGAACAUAUAUAAGCCUAAUCUCUAACUGUUUUUCAGUUAGCUUCUCAUAAUUUCAGAUCUAGAUCUAAAACUCCAAAUUUUUCUCUCACUUUGUUCUUGCAAUUUUUUCACAUUCAAGCCAUUGCCAUUGCUUGAUUCUUGUUCCUGAAGAGUUCAUGAGAAGAUUUGCACGUGGAACCAGUGAAAACAGAGUUGCAGUGAAGCAUUAUUGAAGAUGGAAGCAUCAAUGGUGAAUCCAAAGUUUGUUGAGAUCGUGCACAAUUAAGCUCUCUUUUCUCUUCCAAUCACUUGUACAAGCAUCCUGGAGGAGUAUUGAAGCAUUGCCAAGGCCUAUAGCUCGUGAAUUCCAGAUCUGCACUUCAAGAGGUACCUAAGUUGCUUUGAGUUCUUUGAACUUGCUUUGCUAGCUUGUGGGUUGCUUAACCUAGGGGACAUUUUUGAUUGAGAUCCUGGCCGAGAGACUUCUUUGUUCCAGACAUGAGGACCGGUUUGAAGGACGAUGUUGUCUACAGUUUUUUCGAUCCAGAGAUUGGUGUGCUGAGAGAUAUGAUAGCAUUGAUUACCCCUGACCAUGUGGGGAUGUUCCGUGAGGCAUACGGUGGUAUUCUGAAGUUGGUUUUCAGGCUCACAGACAGUGAUAGGAGCGCCAUCCAUACUCUUCUCCAGUUUUAUGACCCUGGUUUGAGAUGUUUCAUCUUCCCGGAUUACCUAUUGGGGCCCUUGAUGGAGGACUAUGCUAGCAUCCUGGGUAUCCAGAUCAGAGAUCAGAUUCCAUUCUAUGUCACUAAGGGAGAACCUGAUGCUGUUGAGAUUUCUCGUGCUCUUUAUUUGAGCCCGGAGGUGACCAAGGGGGGUUUGAAGGAGAAAGGAAAGUUACCCGGUUUUCAUCUGAAUUUCUUAGAGACUAAAGCCAAGGAUCAUGCUGUUUUGGGUGAUUGGAGGGUCGUUUGCGCUUUACUUGCUGUGAGCAUUUAUGGGAUCAUCAUGUUCCCUAAUCAGAAGAACUUUGUGGACAUUAAUGCCGUUCGGUUGUUUAUGCAGAGGAAUCCUAUUCCUACUCUGGUUGGGGAUGUUUAUUACUCGAUCCAUAAUCGGAACGAGAAGCGGCGUGGGGGAUUGAUCCGGUGUUGUGCUCAGCUGUUGUACAAAUGGUUCGUGGGGUAUUUGCCUUCCAGAGGUUCCUUUGCUUUUCUUGACCCUACUGUCAAGUGGUCAGUCAGGUUGAUGGGUUUGCGAGCCAAUGACAUAGCUUGGACUCAUAACGAUAUGGCUGGACGAGAUUUCAUUUAUAGUUGUGGGAGUCUUCCCAAUGUACCUCUUAUAGGAGUUCAAGGUUGCAUUAAUUACAACCCGGUGCUUCUUAGGAGACAGAUGGGAUUUGCUGUGGAGGGUCCUCCACUCGGGCGAGAAGUUCAGGAGUCUUUCUACUUCCCAAUUGAGGGUAAUCAGACAAAGUUGAGGCAAGUGUCUGAUGAAUGGCAUGACAUUCAAGGGAAGGGCAAGGUUCCUUUUGGCAAGGUUAACAGCAGCUCUUUUCCUCCAUUUGAUGAUUGGCUUAGGAAGAGGAUUGAGCUCACACAUCUACCAUUUCCUGGAGGUGAGCCUUGGUGUCCUACGAUUGAGGGGCUACGUUCUUCUGUCAGCAUGGAAGAGUUCCUUGAGAUGAAGAAAGCCAGAGAUCAGCUGCAAGCAGAGAAGACUGAGUUGGAGAUGAGUGUUGCUAGGAUUCUGAUGGCUAAUCAGGAGAUCAAAGGAAGAAUAGAAGACCAGGGUAGGAGACAUGCCAUGGAAGUGAAGCGCUUUGAGAUAGACACUGCCUAUUACCGCAAGAUCAGCCAAGCAUUGGAGUCGUCUACAAAGGAGCACGACAUCACCAAGGAGAGGUUGGAUAGAGCUUCGAAGGUCAUUGAAGAUGAGAAGAGGAGACAAAUCCUUGUGAGGGAUCAGAGGGAAGACAGGGUCAGAGUCCUUAUCGCCGAGUGGGAGGCAAAGCUGAAGAUUAAGGAAGCAGAGAACGUGAAGAUUAUUGCCGAGAGAGAUCACUACAUUGCUGAGAGGGAUCAUUACUUCAGAUAGAUGAAGAUUCACCAGAAGGAGAUAGGGAGAUUGCAGCAGGAGAACGCUGAGCUUAGGUUCGCGGUGAAGUUUACCAAGAUGGUUGAUGAUGCAGAGCCGUCUAUGGGACCUCCUUCAGUGUAGACCUUUCUCUUAUUUGUGUUGGAUUACCGUCAGGCCUGUUGACGGAAUUCACUUGCUUGUAUUUUCUUUCUGAUUCUGGAGAAUUGUAAUUUGACUUGUAUCAGACUUGAUGUAUGACUCUCGCUCUUAUUGUGCAUUUUUGGUAUACAGUGGUUGUUUUCAUUCA